GUUUUGUGGAAGCAGAAAGAGCAGAGGAGCGGCAGGGCAGAGCGGAGAGAAUUGGACCCGCGGUGGAAAAACCUAGGGACAGACAGCGAGUCCCGUGCGAUAGCGGAAGCUAUGAGUGCGGACAUGAGGAGCGUUUUCGUGCGGUGAAUAUCGUCAAUUUGCUGCAAUUCUGCUGCCGAAGCGGCUUGUUCUUGUGAGAGCGAGCCGGAGAGUAGUUUUGUGGCGGUUUGGAAGGACGGACAGCUCGAGCUGACUGACACACGAGAAACGGAGGAAACGCCGAGAGCUGUACAUGUGGCGAGUUGUUUAUAAAGCUGAUAAAAGCCCAAACCUGACCGCGAGUUUGUUGUAAGCGCCGGAUUUAAUUAAAGGGGAAACAAGCAUAAGGUGGGGCAGAAAGAGUGAGAACUGAGCGCUUCCACUUUGUCCGCCCCUUCUCUGUAUUUUUUUUUUUUUAAACUCAAUCCCUCACGGACGUUUUUUUCGGAGAAGAAAAAAAAGGAGCACACGAAGACAUUUUUGUUGAAUUUAGGGAGCGUUCACAGGCGCCUGCUGUUUCAGCUCACGGCGAGCUCGUGCACUUCGGAGUGAGAGAUUUCCCGCCGUGGACACAUUUCAGGCAGGAAAUUUGUCCCGUCUGGUUGUUGGACCAUGGCCGACGACGACGUCCUCUUCGAAGACGUUUACGAGCUGUGCGAGGUCAUUGGGAAGGGGCCAUUUAGCGUGGUGAGGAGAUGCAUCAACAGAGAGACAGGUCAGCAGUUUGCAGUGAAGAUUGUAGACGUGGCCAAGUUCACCUCUAGCCCUGGCCUGAGCACAGAAGACCUGAAGAGGGAGGCCAGUAUCUGUCACAUGCUUAAACACCCCCACAUUGUGGAGUUGCUGGAAACCUACAGCUCAGAUGGAAUGCUCUACAUGGUCUUUGAGUUUAUGGAUGGCGCAGACCUCUGUUUUGAGAUUGUGAAGAGGGCAGACGCUGGGUUUGUCUACAGUGAGGCUGUAGCCAGUCACUACAUGAGACAGAUCCUUGAAGCACUGCGGUACUGCCAUGACAACAACGUCAUUCAUCGCGAUGUAAAGCCUCACUGUGUAUUGCUGGCAUCAAAGGAGAACUCUGCUCCCGUGAAGCUGGGUGGCUUUGGAGUUGCUAUACAACUCGGAGAGUCAGGAUUAGUGGCUGGAGGCCGAGUAGGCACCCCUCAUUUCAUGGCUCCUGAGGUGGUGAAGAGAGAGCCGUAUGGGAAGCCAGUGGAUGUGUGGGGCUGUGGAGUCAUCCUCUUCAUCCUGCUAAGCGGCUGCCUGCCCUUCUAUGGCACUAAAGAGCGCCUGUUUGAGGCCAUUAUCAAAGGCAAAUACAAGAUGAACCCACGACAGUGGACUCACAUCUCAGAGAGUGCUAAAGACUUGGUGCGACGCAUGCUGAUGCUGGAUCCUGCUGAGAGGAUCACUGUGUACGAGGCCCUCAAUCACCCGUGGCUCAAGGAGAGAGACCGCUACGCCUACAAAAUCCACCUGCCUGAGACGGUGGAACAGCUGAGGAAGUUCAAUGCACGGAGAAAGCUCAAAGGUGCUGUGUUAGCAGCAGUGUCCAGCCACAAGUUCAGCUCGUUCUAUGGUGACCCACCUGAGGAGCUGCCAGACUUCUCUGAAGAUCCCACGUCAUCUGUAGGGGCUGUAUCACAGGUACUGGAUAGCUUGGAGGAGAUCCAUGCACUAACAGAUUGCAGUGAGAAAGACUUGGACUUUCUACACAGUGUCUUCCAGGACCAGCAUCUCCACACACUACUUGAUCUGUAUGACAAGAUAAACACCAAGUCCUCCCCACAGAUCAGGAAUGCUCCAAGUGAUGCUGUUCAGAGAGCCAAAGAGGUACUAGAAGAGAUUUCCUGCUAUCCAGAUAAUACAGAUUUUAAAGAGCUGAGGCGAAUCCUAACCCAGCCCCAUUUUAUGGCCUUACUGCAGACUCAUGAUGUGGUAGCUCAUGAAGUAUACAGUGAUGAGGCACUGAGGGUCACACCCCCUCCUACCUCACCGUAUUUGAACGGAGACUCACCUGAGAGCACCAACGGGGACAUGGACUUGGAGAACGUCACUCGAGUGCGCCUGGUGCAGUUCCAGAAGAACACAGAUGAGCCCAUGGGUAUCACACUGAAGAUGAAUGACCUGAACCACUGCAUCGUGGCCAGAAUAAUGCAUGGUGGCAUGAUUCAUAGGCAAGGAACUUUGCAUAUUGGAGAUGAGAUCCGGGAGAUCAACGGCAUUGGUGUAGCUAAUCAGACAGUGGAGCAGCUCCAGAAAAUGCUUAGGGAGAUGAGAGGGAGCAUCACCUUCAAGAUUGUACCAAGCUACCGGAUACAGCAGUCAUCUUGUGAGAAAGAGUCCCCUACCACCUCCAGACAGUCCCCUGCUAAUGGCCAUUCCAGCGUUAACAGUUCUAUCUUGGACCUGCCAUCAACCAUCCAGCCAAAAGCACGCCAGAUCUCCAGACCUACAAUCAAGGGUAAAAUAUCAGUCAAGAUCUAUGUGCGGGCACAGUUUGAGUAUGACCCAGCCAAAGAUGAGCUCAUUCCUUGCAAAGAGGCAGGCAUUCGGUUCAGAGUGGGAGACAUCAUCCAGAUCAUCAACAAGGAUGACCAUAACUGGUGGCAGGGCAGGCUGGAGAACACAAAGAAUGGCACAGCUGGGCUCAUUCCAUCCCCAGAGCUGCAAGAGUGGCGGGUGGCCUGCAUAGCGAUGGAGAAAACUAAGCAGGAGCAGCAAGCCAGUUGUACUUGGUUUGGCAAGAAAAAGAAGCAGUACAAAGACAAGUAUCUAGCGAAACACAGUGCAGUGUUCGAUCAACUAGAUCUCGUCACAUACGAAGAAGUUGUGAAGUUACCAGCUUUCAAAAGGAAAACACUAGUGUUAUUAGGAGCUCACGGUGUUGGCAGAAGACACAUCAAGAACACACUCAUCACUAAACACCCCGACAGAUUUGCUUACCCCAUUCCACACACAACCAGACCUCCUAAAAAAGAUGAGGAGAAUGGCAAAAACUAUUACUUUGUAUCACAUGACCAAAUGAUGCAGGACAUCGCCAACAAUGAUUACCUGGAGUACGGCAGCCACGAGGACGCCAUGUACGGCACACGGCUAGAGACGAUACGCAAAAUCCACGAGCAGGGCCUCAUAUCUAUACUUGAUGUCGAGCCACAGGCGCUGAAGGUCUUGCGAACAGCGGAGUUCGCUCCUUACGUUGUUUUUAUUGCUGCACCAACCAUCACUCCGGGCAUGAAUGAGGACGAAUCGCUCCUGCGGCUGCAGAAGGAGUCGGAGAUCCUCCAGAAGACCUACGCACACUACUUUGACCAGACCAUCAUCAACAACGAGAUCGAUGAGACGAUCCAGCACCUGGAGGAGGCUAUAGACCUGGUGUGCACUACAGCACAGUGGGUUCCUGUGUCCUGGGUCUACUAGAACACCAUUAACUCUGAAAGCCCGGCUCUCUGUGAUGCAUCUUUGCAAAAAAAAAAAAAAAUUAGAUAAAAAAUAAAUACGUGCGUAAGUAAAUGAUUAAGAAGGAAAGAAAAAAAAACAUCACCAUUCCCCGGAGAAAGGAUCCACCUCUGAUUUGUGUGAUGCGCAGUGCACAUGACCCGCAGACAAAUCCAAUCUCAGCCCUUCAGACUACAUAGAUGUAGUGUUGUAUAAAACAGAAUAAUACAGUUGUGAAUAUUGACACAUCCUUAUUGAAGAGAUGCAGCAUUUUGUAGAGUUUUGAUUUAAAGAGACAGUAUCUUAAAUGUAAAAGUUUAUUUUCUGCUCACAGAGAGGAACAGCAGACAUGUUUCAGCAACACGUCAACUAUUAUCCAUUCAGAGCCUCUAUAUAUAUAUAUAUAUAUAUAUAUAUAUCUCCAUCAGCCAUUAUAAAACACCCCUCGCUGGAACCCCAUUCGUUUUCCUUAUGUAUCUCACUCUGCUGUUGUAACCACUUCCAGAUACUGUCUCUUUAAACAAGUCCAUACCUCUGAGAGCUGAGUUCUCAUGCAUGUGAACAUUCAGAGACUUGCAUUAUCAGUGUUAGCAGUGUAACGCUACUGUUAUCCACAGAACAGCACAUUCCAUACGUCUGGACAAAUUCAGACCAAGUGAAGACCAGUGGAGUAUGAAGAUGAAAAAAAAAAAAAAGACCUAUGCACAUCUUUGGGCACAUCGGGACAUUUUGGACAACUUUCUAACAAAUUCUUACCAGCUGUGUAGUGAGAUGUGUUCAUGUCUCAAUUUAAUUUUUGUUGUAAAAAAAAAAAAAUCCUAGAGAUAAAAAAAAAAAAAGACAAAAAACACAAAUCUAUAGUGGUUUCACCAUUACAGAAAUGUGUCAUCAGAGAAUAUUAAUGUUUUCAUGAAUCUGAAUCAAAACGGGAAACAGAUUUUUAUUCAGUGUAACUGUUUCAGACAGAAGUGCACACACACACAGACACAUUUUGCAAAAUGAACUGUGUUGCACACACACACAAAAAAAAAAAAAAAUCUAAAUGAUUCUGUAUAUGACAAACUGUUUACUUCAGACUGCCCUGUGUAAAUUCCUCUGCUGAUGACUGAGCAGCUCUUCAGUAUGAACCAUUUUUUAAAUAUAUUUCCUUUUCUGUGGUGAAGUCCAGUGUCGUCUGCUCUGUGUUACGCUCCUGGCUCUGCUCUCGCGUCUGGCUGCUCUGUGUGAGUUGGCAGAGAUGUCGUGGAUGGAAACAUUUCUCCUCUCUUGGGCGCCUCAGUGGCUCUUUUUUAUGUAUUUUUCCUACAGCUGUAGGAGGUCACAUCCUGUCUGGCCAUCUGAGCAUGAAGGCAAGUGUGAUAAAUGCCCAGGUGUGUUUGUGAAUGAGGGAGUCUGAAAUGCAUGCAAGUACUGUCUGUCAAGAGAUUCUGUGUGUGUGUGUGUGUUUAGAUAAUGUGAGAGCAGGAGUCACCAAGAGGCAAAUAUGUAUUUGAUCACUUCAUUGUGUAUGUACAGCUAACUGCUGGAUUCAUGCAGCUGUCUGCCAUGUGAGGAGCAGCAACAGAUAAUGUAAGUUCCGACCACACAUACUGUAUGCUCUCGUUACAAGAACAUCUGAGAAAAAUACAAAUAUGGGUGUUACUUUCCAGCUGUAGAUACAUCAUCUGUUAAUCACACAAGCUUCUCUGAACUAGAUCAGUUCUGUAAAUUAGAGAAGGCAACUCAUCCUGUUGUCAUUCUUAUCCUGUCACAUCAGCAUAUGCUGAGUACCUCCGCUAGCUAAACUCGUCACAGCUGAGUUCUCUGGGCUGGAGGUGUGCAUGGGACUGUUUAUAAUCUCACGCCCGUCUGCAUGUGAAGGAAUUCUGCCAAUUCCCACGCACGCUCAGUUUUCCCCGUUCUCCCCAAUUUGGUCUCCUGCCAAUUGCCACCCACUAUCCAGCUCUCCCCUUUCAUACGGCAGCCACCAAGGUUCAAGGGAAGACGCGUGAAACCAGCCGACCGCAUCUUUUCAAACUGCUGAAUCUGCUAUCUGCCCUGUUCUGCAUACAUGAUCUCACAGAUGCCCACAAUUGUCUAGAUUUCAGAGAGGUUUUUAUGUUGACCCACCGGACAAACCCAGUGCUGAUGCGCGCCUCGGCUGUGACCGUUACUGAAACCUAAUUCAGGGGUUCAUCCACUCAUAUUACAUUACUCUCGUUCUCGCACUCUAAGCUGAAACAAAUACAAACCAUAAUUAAUGACACUGCCCGAGCCAGUUCAGCUGUUUUAUAUGAACCUGCACUUCCACUUCCAGUUAACUGAUUGUCAGUGCCUUGCCCUUUAAAUGUUUUUCUAAUUAAUUCAGAGCAAAGUUCAUGGUAUGAAAGCACUGCAGUGUGACCUGCGUAUCAAUCCAAAUCUGCAUCCCGCACCACUGAGCUGCAGAUUAACUCAAAUUCACAUUGCUAGGAUUAGACCAGAAACACUGUGCUGAAGCACGUGUUUAACAGUUUCAAGAUGUUAAUCAAGUAAAUAAGCAAAAAAGAAAAGAUCAUUUACUGUGAUCUGAGCAUCAGAAAGCAGGGAUAAAGCUAUUCACUUGGUUUGAAUACAGAGCAGCUUAGAGAGCGGAGUGCCGUUCAGCCUUGCAGUAAAAUGCAUAUGAUUACUAGAAAAAUCUACAUUCACGCAGAUGAAAGAAACAGGAGUCAGUGUGUAAUGUUGCCUGAUAAACUGACUGAUAAGGAAGUGAGCUUAAAGAAAUACUACCUGCUCACAUGUUAUAUCGAGUAAAGAAGUGACUCAUGUUCAAUGUGUAGUGUUGAACUGAAUGUCCUCAGUAAUACUGUAGCUCAUAAAUAUAAUUAAUGAGCUGAACGUCGAUGCUUCUGCAAAUAUAGUAGUUUUAUGGGUCACAGGUUUUACUGUUACACCAACCCUUAGAUAUAGGUUUCCUAAAAUAGCAUCAUUAAAUGGCCCCAGAACAGUUCAAAUGGAUCAGAUACUGUAUACCGAGUUCACUCAAUGUCAUUUAGCACAUUUAUACUAUGAUGUUUUUCCAUUAUGAAAAUGUAGAGCAGCCAGUCCUCAGUCCUCAUCUCUGUGUGCCGGUUUUAAAAUACUACCAGAUCUCCAAGAGAAAAAAAAUUCUAGUCGUGUAGCUGAUGGAUUUUCCUUCCUUUUCACACAAUCCUCCUCUGAAGGAAGGAUUAAUCUCUCAUCUGCAAAACUUUCCAUCCAAACACAUUCUUGGCAAAUGUCUUCCUCCAGACCUGAGCCAGGCCUUCAUUAAGCAUUAGGAAGGUCUAAUAGGCAGCCUGUCUAAGCUUGGAUGUGGGGCAGCAGUAAUAGCAGGACUAAACCAACACAAGAAGGCCUGUGAGCAGCUGAGACCUGACCUUCUGCUGGUUCCAGCACUGUCCCGUUCCUCUGGCCUUCAGUAAAGUUCCUCUCCACCUCCCUGAAUUCCUGAUUCAUCAGUGUGGAGAUCAGGCUGUUGAACUUGCGCUGCGUGGUGCUGUAAUCUGGAACAGCUGUGGUCAGGUUAAACUCUGCUGGGUCAAUGCAAGUUCCGUUCACAUGUGCAUACAGCACCUUGCUCAGAUCCAGACCAGCUACUGAAGGAGGGGAAGCACACGGGAUAUCCCUCACCAGCUUAUAGUUCUCCAUCCACUUCUUCAGCCAUGCCAGCUCACAGCUGCACUCCCAGGGAUUGCGGAACAAAUAAAGAUGCCCGAUGAAGUAGAUGGGCUGGAAGAUGGAGAAAGGCAGAGACGUCAGUUUGUUGCUGUUGAGAUGCAGUGUCAUGAGGCUGGUCAGAUUCUCAAAGGCACCCUUGUCAAUAAAUGACAGGCAGUUCCGGUCCAAGUAGAGUACCUCCAGUUCCACCAGGUCCCCAAACCAGGUGUUGGAGAUAUUGGUUAGAAGGUUACCACCCAGAUUUAACAUCUUUAGAUUGCAGAGGCCUUUGAAAGAUCUCCUUGGCAAGUCAACCAACAGAUUGUCAUUAAGGUAAAGGUUCUGUAGUUGUCUUAGGUCCUUAAAGGCUUCAUCAUGGAUGACACUGAUACGAUUCUCCUGUAGGUUCAGAUACUUGAGGUUGCAUAGUCCGAGCAGAGUGUUGUAGGCUACGGCUUCGAUCUUAUUGCGCUCCAAGUAAACAUGCGUCAGGUUCUCCAUUCCUCGUAUAGCGAUUGGGAUGCGUCUGAAAUUGUUCUGGAAGCAGAAUAGCUCUCUGAGGGAGGUCUGUUCCAGGAAGAUGCGGUCAGGCAAGUUGAAGAGGUUACAGCCAGAAAGGUCCAAGCGCAAAAGGUGUUUGAGGGAGGUGAAGGUCCGUGUGUGAAGAUAGCGGAUGUACUCGUUGUGGGCCAUCGUGAGCUCCAGCAGGUUGGGAAGCCCUCUGAAAGCUCCUGGUGUGAUGAAGGAGAUGUUAUUGUGAUCCAGGAAGAGGGACUUAAGCACAGGAAGUGUUCCAAAAGCUCGUUCUGACAGAAAUUUGAGGCUGUUCUUCUCCAGGUUGAUGCUGGAGGCCUCACAGGGGAACUCUGGGGGCAGCUCAGCCAUGUUGGCACGGUCACAGAGCACAGUGCAGCUCUUCUCCUGAGUGCACAUGCAGCUGGGGGGACAGGAACUAGAGCAGGCCCAGAGAGUCAUGCCAUGAGGCAGGACCAUGACCCACACUGAGGAGGGGAAAAAAACAACUAUUUAUUUUUAAAGUGCUCUGGACGAAUGAAAAUAUUCUUUAUAGGAAAGUAUAUUAAGUCACAAAAACAAGAUCUACUGUUCUAGCACAUUAUGACAGAUGAAUUAUAGAAAGACUCUACAUAAAGGGCCGGGCCAUCAAAACGCAUUCGGUGAACCUUGGAGGGGAUGGAACACCAUUUUCCCCCAAAGAUAUUCAUUUAAUUGGUGUUUCAUGAUAGUAGUGAGGAGUCUAACAUGUGGACAUGUAACAUUUUUAUACUCAUCAAACCAUUGAGUGAGCCCUCAGGUCCUGUAGAUGGGGGUGGGGUCAUCCUGGAAGAGACCACUCCCACCAGGAUAGAGCUGUUUCAUCAUCGGAGUAGUGUUCUUCAGUUUGAUCUCUUGCAUCUAACUUUUGCUUUGAUAUUUUUUUUUAUCACGUACAUCUCAUGCAUGCAAACUAACUGAUCGAAGACGAGAGCAAUGCACGAAACAGUCCUAUCUGCUGGCUCAAAUAUCGAGAAGCAUUUAUGAUCAUCAUGAGCAGAAAUGAAAGCCCCGAUCAGAUGGAACGACCACUUCAUAAACGAGUUCUGCUUUUCCCCUCGACAGGCCUGGGAGGAUUAAAGUGAGAAGGAGAACGCACGCAGGAGCAUGAGGAAUUAUUUCAUGUUGGAGUCACGUGUGGAGGACACUGGGUUCCUUUCUUCAGGUUCUUAUCCUGCAGCUAUUCUUCACAGUGAUAGUCAUUAUAAUACUAAGAAAGGACAGAUGUUAGAUUACAGAUGUGCAAUUGUCUGUUCUCUGAAACUGCCAUUCAAGCCAUGUGAUUUUAGACAGAAGCUUUGAAACAGAAGAUCAGCUGAACUUAUGUAAUGGAACAUCAGAUACUUAUUGUUGAAUUAUUUUACACAGCUGUAUACACAGAGUUGCCGGUGAGGUAUUCGGAAAAUAACUCUGAAUAAAAGGAUUAACUGUUCCUUACCUAUAAAGAACAACAUUGCUGAACCAUUUCAGCUGGGGCAUGUCAAGAGGAAAAAUGUCUGAAAUGCAAUAUGGGAAGAAAAUGUUUAGUAAUAUUUUGAGAAAGUAAGGCAUCUCGUCUUAGGAGGACAAAAUGAAAUCUGAUCACUCCGCUUCAUCAAAGCUUUCUAAUCAUGUCCUAAUCAAGAAAUCUGCAAAAAUAUAAACAGCUUACCUGCUUAAUGACAACACACAGAAGUGAGUGAACAUUGAUUUAAAACAUUUCCAUGCAGCUCUUGUAUGUCGUCCUCUCAGCAGUGUUUCUGAGUGAACAUCCGAACUGAUUUAAUGCCAUCCUGAGUGUGUGUGUGUGUGUGUGUGGUCACAAACAGCAAUACUUCAUUUCCAAGUCAAUCACUUAAUGGCAGAAUAAUCCCCUAGAUGGCUGUGGGAUUAGAGCAGUGUAACGCAGUGAUCUGAGAUCAGCGACGUUUCACUGCAGGCCCGCUUGAUGGGCGUAGAGUCAGAAAUCUUCCACCAGCCAGCAGGCAAACUUUUCAGGAGCCCUUUAUCUUUGCCGUUAAUGAGGUUAACCCUGGGCCUGGUCACUGGCCUCAACAUGAUUAGAGGUUUAGUUUAGGGGAUAGUGGCAGUCACUCAAUAAACAACCAACAGAACAGCUUAUGUCAUAAAAAGCAGAAUGUAGUGCAGGGUUCUGAUUGUGGAAACUAUUUUACUAUACUCAUGCAAAAUGGCAAUAGGGUUAUUGCCUCUACUAGUCAACAUAAACUACCUCCCUACACUGUAGAGAUGUGCACAGGACUCAUUAUUAAUCCCAAUCCCACACAUGGUUGUGUUUGUAUCUGUCCAUGAUCUUUCCCUAAUAAACUGUGUUUAAUUCAGUUAAAGGGAUAGUUCACACAAAAAUGACAAUUCUAUCCUCAAUUACACUUUAUUUCAUCAAUAAAGACUUCAUUUGAGCUUUUCAUGUCACAUUCAUAUCGCUUGAUAAAAUUGGGAUUAAAGCACUGGAGUCACAUGGAUUAUUUUUUUUUACGAUGCCCGGGUGAACGUUUGGGUUACUUGGACUGUAAAUGGUGGGACAGAAAAUGUCUUCAUUUGUGUUCCAAAGAUGAAUGAAAGUCUUAUGGGUUUGGAACGACAUGAGGCUGAGUAACUGAUGACAAUUUUCAUUUUAGGUGAACUAUCACUUUAACCCCAUCACUGAGCGUGUAGCUCUCCAUCGCACUGGAUUUAGAAUGAAAGAUCAAAAUAGCAUUUUUUUUUUUAAAAAACAGGCACUUCAGAUUAUUAAUAACAAGCAGGUAUAUAAUUUCACACACUGGUGUUUUCUUACAAAGUGACGAAUAUAGUUUUAGGUACAUUUUAUAAAUAAAUAAAACAAAGAAAUAAAAUGAAGACAAGGAAUGAGUCCAGGAAAGAAUGAUUUUAUCAGUUGUAAACAAACUUAAUCCACGAGUCCAAUAAAGGUUUUAGCCACACCGUUAACAGCUGCUACAUGUUCUUCCCCAUUUUCUGCUACAACAAACAAACAUUUUAGAAAACAUGCUUGGUUGUGUAUUUGAAUGAGCAUUUCAAACUUUUAUUUUGGUAAAAUCAUACAAUAAACGCACAGAUGAGUUCUCUCAUGCCGUGCAUAGCUUCUACACUACUACAUAAAGCAAAUACUAAAUCUAAAGUGCUCUGGGGUCGCUCUGAGAAAAAGUUAGCAAGUGAAAGGCUUUUGCAUCUUUUCCUGCAGGGUUCAACAUUAAAUUCCACAGCAGGUGUCUGUUAGCACCAUCACCUGCUAACUGCUCCUCAGAGGCGUAAACCCAGAGGCACUGUAUAUGCAAAUGCAACACUAGAGAAGAACCACAUGUUUAAGAUUGCCUUGUGCCAGACAUUCACUGAAACAAAACCCCUAACAGAACAAAAUUACAUUUUUAAAAAGAAUAAAUGCACACAUUUGGAGAAACUGGACACUUUAUGCACUGAUACAGCUAGGAAAUUAUUAGGUCAUUUGAACACUAUUCCAAACCUUGGCAUGUUUGUCUCUUUAUUUCCAAUUUUGAGAGCCAAUCGGUAUUUAUAAAGAAAUAUGGCCUGGAGGCCUUCAACAGCUGUGGAUACUGACUCAGUCCAAUAUAGUCUGAAACAUUAAAAAGCUCACACUACCCCAAGUAUAGAAAUUCCACGCAUACAGGUGACAUUCAACAUUCAAGUGCCAGUGUUUUUUUUACUGUCUUUUGGUCAAGUUUCUUGAAACGUUCAAAGAAUCGCUUUGAGGCUUACAAAAAUAAAUAUUUCUCAAAAAUGCUUAAUAAAUUACACAAAACUAGCAGCAAAAGUAGAAUCUAGAAAUCUGUGUGCAAAGAGCUAAAUUCCCCACUGCUGAUCCCCCCUGG